UGCAAAGGCCCUACUCAAAUAAAACAGAAAGCACACAAGUAUGCAUGUGAUUUCCUUCUCUCAACCUCUCUGUUCAUUGUUGAUUCUUGAACAAUGGAAAGCGAGCCUUUGAAUUGAGACUUCUCCAAUCGCCAGUCGAGUCAUACUCGUAAACGCUCGCUUGCUUGUCGUCAUCUGAGAUGAAAAGUCGACUCCGGGGAUUCCUGCAGCACAAUUGACUUUCUAUUUCUUCAAAUCGCACUUAUGCCCAAUUCAAAACCUAUGGCUGUGUGUUUUGAAUGUUCGUCUAAACCUUGUGUCUGUAUUUUCCCUCCUCAAGCUUAGGGCUUUAUCUUUUGCAAAGCAAAGUUUUAUUCUGGAAGAAGCUUUUUCGGUAAAAGAUUCCUGUUGCUUUUGGGGAUUUAGGGUUUUGAACUGUACCUCCUAUAUUUGGGGUUGGUUGUUAAAUUGGUUGAACCCAAUUAAACCAGCAGUCUGCUCUGAUUGUACGCACUUGCGAGGAAGAAAUUCAAAAGGAGAGCGUUAAUGCAUCUAUCUCUAUGGAAACCAUUGUCUCACUGUGCUGCUCUGAUCCUGGACAAGAAGAGCAGACGAAGAGACGGUUCCGACGAAGAAAGUAAGGCCAAUCCUUCAAUUCUGAGGAAAUUGCAAGAGCAUAAGCUGAGGGAGGCUCUUGAGGAAGCAUCUGAAGAUGGGUCUCUUGUUAAGUCCCAGGAUAUGGAUUCCGAGGCCUUGGCGAAUCAAGAUGAGGGCUUGGGCAGAUCACGGUCGCUGGCGCGGCUGAAUGCACAGAAGGAAUUCCUCACGGCGACGGCUCUAGCGACGGAGCGUACAUUUCAGUCCAGCGACUCCAUACCGCAGCUUGACGAGGCAUUCUCGAAGUUCCUCACAAUGUACCCCAAGUAUCAGUCAUCAGAGAGGAUUGAUCAGUUAAGAUCAGACGAGUACUCGCAUCUGUCGGUGGUUCCUUCAAAGGUAUGCCUUGACUACUGUGGAUUUGGGCUGUUUUCAUUCCUGCAAACUGUUCAUUAUUGGGAAUCGUCUACGUUUAGUUUGUCUGAAAUUACUGCCAAUUUGAGCAACCAUGCUUUGUAUGGGGGAGCUGAGAGAGGUACGGUGGAACAUGAUAUCAAGAUCCGAAUAAUGGAUUAUUUGAACAUCCCCGAGAAUGAAUACGGCCUUGUUUUUACUGUCAGCCGUGGUUCGGCCUUCAAACUGCUUGCAGAAUCAUACCCUUUCCACACGAAUAAAAGGCUGUUAACCAUGUUUGAUCAUGAAAGUCAGUCAGUGAAUUGGAUGGCUCAGAGUGCUAGAGAGAAAGGUGCUAAGGUUCAGAGUGCUUGGUUUAAAUGGCCUACGCUUAAGCUCUGUUCGACUGAUCUGAGAAAGCAAAUUUCUAACAAGAAGAGGAGAAAGAAAGAUUCAGCCACAGGUUUAUUUGUUUUCCCUGUUCAGUCUAGAGUUACUGGUGCAAAGUACUCGUAUCAGUGGAUGGCCCUGGCUCAACAGAACAACUGGCACGUCUUGCUUGAUGCUGGAGCAUUGGGUCCGAAGGACAUGGAUUCUCUUGGAUUAUCUCUAUUCCGGCCUGAUUUUAUCAUCACUUCGUUCUACAGAGUGUUUGGGUAUGACCCAACUGGAUUUGGAUGCCUUCUUAUAAAGAAAUCUGUCAUGGGAAGCCUUCACAACCAAACUGGUCAUGCAGGUUCUGGUAUUGUGAAAAUCACUCCUGUAUUUCCGCUUUACUUGAGUGAUUCAAUGGAUAACUUCCCUGGAUUUGGUGAAGUUGAGGAAGCCAGUGGGAAUGGUGAAGGACAUUCUGAGACUCGUCCAGGAUCUCAGCUGCCUGCCUUUUCUGGUGCAUAUACUUCUGCUCAGGUAAGGGAUGUAUUCGAAAGUGAGAUGGAACAUGACAACAGUUCCGACAGGGAUGGGACGAGCACUGUGUUUGAAGAGACUGAAAGCAUUUCUGUUGGAGAUGUAAUGAAAAGUCCAGUCUUCAGUGAGGAUGAAUCAUCUGACAAUUCUCUCUGGAUUGAUUUGGGCCACAGCCCGGCAGAUUCAGAUAUUGCUGGUCAUUCAAACAAACUCAAGGUCUCAUCUCCAUUGCCACCUGCUUGGUUUUCUGGCCGGAAGAAUAACAAGUUGAUGUCUCCAAAAGCUUCAAAAUCAUCAACCAGCCCAAUCUAUGACAAGGAAUUGAACACGGGGCACUCUGAAGACCACCAGGUAUUAUCCUUUGAUGCUGCAGUUCGAUCUGUAUCUCAUGACGUGGAACAUGUGAAGGAGAAUCCCGAUGAAGGAAAGUUCACUCAGAGGAGGCAUGCUAUGGUUGAAUCUGAAACUCCAGAUCAUCAUAGCUUUUAUGAAAUUGAAGAAGAGCCUGUAAUCAGCCAAUCAUUCAGUUCUGUCAGAGGCUCCAAUCAAAACAAUCUGGCAUCUGUCUCAAAUCAACAUAACGGGCAGAAUGGUUCGGCCUCGGAGAUAUUCCUGGAGAAGGAGAGUGCAAUAAGAAGAGAGACAGAAGGAGAGUUCAGGUUAUUGGACAGACGGGAAAGAAGUAGAAUUGCUGGUGGCAGAUUGUUUGGAAUAGAAGAGAUCGAUCAGUCGGGAAGCAAGGGAAGGAGGGUAUCCUUUAGCACAGAAGACAAUCACGGAGGACAUAUUAGUCAAAGUCAAGAACCAGUAGAACUAUCUGCUACUAGUCUGGACGAUGAAGAUUAUGCGAGCAAUGACUAUGGUGAUGGGCAAGGUUCAGAGAGGGGCGACCCAGAGAUAAUUUGCAGACAUCUUGAUCACAUAAACAUGCUGGGUCUCAACAAGACCACUUCCCGACUUCGAUUCUUGAUUAACUGGCUUGUUACAUCUUUGCUGCAAUUAAGGCUGCCUGGUUCAGGUGAAAAGGAAGGUGCUCCAUUGGUUCAAAUCUAUGGCCCAAAAAUUAAGUAUGAAAGAGGUGCAGCAGUUGCCUUCAAUGUGAGAGGUAAAAACAACAGUUUGGUUAGUCCAGAACUUGUUCAAAAACUGGCUGAGUCGCGUGGUAUUUCUUUGGGGGUUGGCAUACUGAGUCAUAUACGGAUCCUUAAUAGCCGUAAACAGCAACGUGGAGCAGCUUUGAAUCUCAAUGAUACUGCCCUUUGCAAGCCAAUGGAAAGCGGCCAACAUGAUGGUAAAAGUGGCUUCAUCAGAGUUGAGGUUGUCACUGCAUCGCUUGGCUUUUUGACCAAUUUUGACGAUGUCUACAAGCUGUGGAAAUUCGUGGCUAAAUUUCUCAACCCAGAGUUUGUGAAAGAGGGUGUACUUCCAUCUGUUGCAGAAGAAGUUGAGGAAUGACAACAGUAGCUCAACUAAAUGCUUCUUUGCAACUCUCAUAUAACCAACCACAAGCAGAAGAUGCAGCGACGCAUUUCUUAUAGACAUCCUAAUGCUGGGGCAGACCAGAAGAAUCAAUAUGCCAUGGAAAAAAAGAGAUUCGGCGAAACGGUUUUGCUGGAUGCAUUCUUUUGCCCCUACUGCAUCUUUUGCUGUUCUAAUUUGUGCAUUCCUGUUUUUUAUUGUUUGGACUUUUGUCACUGGUUUUCUGGUAGAGCUGGUUUUAAUCAUUUGUAUCAUUUCAGAAUUCGAUAGUCCUCAGGUAAGAAAGAACAUAGCAUCCCAUAUCUACAAGAAAUGUGGAUCAAAAUGCUAUCUGCUGUGUAAAAAUUCAACUUAUAUGUUUGGUUUCUUGACACUACACUGUACUGUACUGUACAUUGAUCAUCUUGUGAGUCCUAUUUGGAUUUGUGGCUAUUAAUUCUUGGACACACCAUUAAAAAUA